AUGGCUGACAGCACCCCGCCAGCUGACGUGGCUCCCGGAGGUGGAAGCGGCGCGGAGGAGACGCGCAGCAAGAAAUGGCUGCCGCUGGAAUCGAAUCCGGAAGUGAUGAACGACUUCGUGCGCAAGGUUGGCUUUCCCCCGACAGCCGGCUUCCACGACAUGUUUGGGCUGAACGCGAAUUUGCUCGCCAUCGUGCCUCAGACCUUUGUGCGCAAGGUGGGCUUUCCGCCUACAGCCGGUUUCCACGAUGUCUUUGGGCUGGACACGGAUCUACUCGCCAUGGUGCCUCAACCGGUGCUCGCGCUGCUUUUCCUCUUCCUGCUGCCGCCCGAGGAGCGGUCCAAAGAGCCGGAGCAGCAAGAGAAGGUUCCCGAGCAAGCAACUCCCUCUGCUGAAGCUGCACAGCCGUUCUUUGUGCGGCAGACCAUAGACAAUGCGUGCGGCACGACCAUUCCCCUUCCCUCCCCUACAAUACAUCCCUCCCUUUUUUUCCCCACCUUGCCUUCCUCCCACCAGGCGGCACAGCCAUUCUUUGUGCGGCAGACCAUAGACAAUGCGUGCGGCACAAUCGCGCUCCUACACGCCAUCGGCAACAACCAACACCAGCUCACUCUUGAAAAGGGCUCUUUCCUCCAGCAGUUCUUUGAAAAUACCAAAGACAUGACACCUGAAGAUGGCUCUUUCCUCCAGCAGUUCUUUGAAAAUACCAAAGACAUGACACCUGAAGAUCGAGCAGCCUAUCUGGAGGCGGACACGUUGCUGGAGAAGGCACACACAGAUGCACCUUUGAGACACUUCAACACUCUCCCAUUUCCCCCAUUCCCAUACCCCAAUCUCCCUACCUCUCAGCGAGCAGCCUAUCUGGAGGCGGACACGUUGCUGGAGAAGGCACACACAGAUGCAGCAGAGGCAGGCGACACUCGGGUGGGUUCUCUUCACCUGUUUUAA